CGUCAGUUAGGGUCUUCUGGUAAACAAACGAAUGCUUGUGGCUUCUUAUAUAAAUCUCCAUUUCAUUCUUCACUUCCGAAGGAAAAGUGAUUGUUGCAACUUGCAAGCUCUACUCCGGAAGCUCCGAUGGCGGCCAGAAAUGCUAUUCUGAAGCAUCUGAGAGUGAAUGUACAAGGGCGAAGUCAAGCUCCAUUCGUUUUCUCGUUCAAUCUCCUUCGGCGCCAUUUCUCCGAGGAGAUUAGGGGCUCCUUCCUCGACAAAUCAGAGGUUGCUGAUCGCAUAAUCAACGUCGUUAAGAACUUUCAGAAGGUUGAUCCUUCCAAGGUUACUCUAACUGCCCAUUUCCAGAAUGAUCUUGGACUUGACAGUUUGGACACUGUAGAGGUUGUGAUGGCUCUUGAAGAAGAGUUUGGGUUUGAGAUUCCUGACAAUGAGGCAGACAAGAUCAGCUCCAUCAAUCUUGCUGUUGACUUCAUUGCUUCCCAUCCCCAGGCAAAAUAGAGUUGGUGCUUUGGUUGGCCUUUAUUUCUCCCCCUUUUUGUUUAGAUCCUUUUGCUCUUUUUAUUCCUGAGAGGAUACAGAUACAGAGAACUGGAAUCUUUGCCAAGUUGCUUCCUCUAAAUGCGUAGAAGAAACUAGAAUUUUUGCAUGUUCAUUAGUUUCGGUUGAUACUUGGAUUGCUUCUGUCUUUGGCAUCUGGUUAAAUAAGGGGGAAGAUAGAUACCUGUUACUUACUUUAA